GUCAUUCCUGCUGACAUGAAGCCCCUUCCCUUAUGGGACCAUCCACUCACCAGGGGCUGCUCAGAGCCCACAGUGCGGGCUGAGCUGCUGGAACAAAUUCCUCCUAUUGCCAUUUUUCUACAAGAAAACAGGUCUGAUUUUCCAGUGGUGCUCUCUGAACAUCUCAUACCCAUCGUGGUGCGGUGCCUCGCAGAUCCAAACAACCAGAUAAUCUGCAAGCUGGCGUCAGUGCUGAGCAAGAGCACGGUUGAAUGCCUGCUGCUCCCUCGAUUCUGUGAGCUGUGUGGUGAUGGGAAGCUCAUUCAAGUUCGGAAGGUUUGUGCCCCAAAUUUUGGUGAUAUUUGUCGUGCUGUCGGACAAGAAGCCACCGAGAAAUUUUUGCUCCCGAAGUUUUUUGAGCUCUGCUCAGACAAUGCAUGGGGGAUGAGGAAAGCCUGUGCGGAGUGCUUCGUGGCCGUGUCCCACAACACGUCCCCCGAGGGCCGCCAGGCCAGGCUCUCGCCUCUCUUUAUCACACUGAUCGGCGACCCCUGUCGAUGGGUGAGUGCGGCUGCCUUCCAGUCCCUGGGCCCCGUCAUCUUCACCUUUGCCAACCCCUCCAGGGCUGGCCUUUAUAUUCGAGAAGAUGGCACCCUGAGCAUCCGACCACCGGCUCCGGAUUUGGACUCGGGUUUCACCUCCGGGUCACCGGGUGCAGGCAGCCAUGGGAACAUGUCCUCAGCCUGACUUUCCAAUUCAACAAAGCCGGGCCAGACAGAGCCAGCUCUACCCAUGGAAGGCACAUCCACGGACACCAGCAAUUUUCCGUGCGUCAGUAGCUCCUCCAAUGGCCUGACGGAGAACCCAACGGAAGACUCUGUCUUGGCUGGAGCCGAGCUGCAGCUCAGGUGUUGUCAGCUGCACUGGUUGCGGCACAGCCAGACUCUAUGGAUGAGCCCGAGCGCCCGCCGACGGGGGCUCCAGGGGGCGUCCAGCUCAGAUCCCAGCCCAGCCCUGGCAGUCAGCCGGCCCCCGGCGGCGUCACCCCCGCAGAAUGAGCUCGCCGCGGCCAGGACGCUACAAAGCACAGGUCCAGGUGAACCUGGCAGUGGAACCAGUGGCCAUUUGGAGACUGACCAGAGGCAUGGCUGCAGCCCACUUGAAGAGGAUAAAUCUAAAUCACAGUGGAAGGUCCGUCAGACCUUAGCCUUCUCCAUCCACGAGCUGGCUGUGAUCCUUGGGGAUCAGUUCACGGCUGCCAACCUGCUGCCCAUCUUCAAUGGAUUUUUAAAGGACCUGGAUGAAGUACGCAUAGGAGUUCUGAAACACCUGUAUGACUUUCUAAAGUUGCUUCAUGAAGACAAGAGGAGAGAAUAUCUUUAUCAGCUUCAAGAAUCUGUAGUGACCGAUAACAGCAGGAAUUGGAGGUUUCGAUAUGGACUGACAGAAAAAAAAUCAUUCCCUGUAGGAAUUUUGAUGGAUGACGCUACACUGAAGUGCCACGAUGUUGUUCCUGGUGGAAUUAUUUCAUUAUGUAUCUGGCAUUAUGAUGGAUGGACGGAACUGGUUUUGGCGGCUGUGGAAGGGGAUUCCAGUAAGCUGUCUUGCCUCGGUGUUGCCGAAGAUGCUUUCUACCGAACAACAAAUCCGCGGCAUUUUGAUGACAAGCAGUGGAAGAAGUGGAUUUCUCAGAGAGUGUUCAUGGCGCUAUAUGUUGCCUCACACAGGCGUCGCUCGGAGGCUGUUCAGUACCUUCUAGAACACGGUGCCAACUGUCAGGGCAGAUCCCCCGUGGGCAGGACGCCCCUGCACGUGGCUGCAGCCAUGAGCCGGCUGGACUGUAUCAGCCUCCAGCUCAACUAUGGGGCCUCCAUCAACGACAGAGAUACCAAGGGGGAGAGGCCCAUGUCCUUCGCCUGCCGCCUGAGCCGCAGCCAGAGCAGGCGGCAGAUGUUCCUCUUCUACUGGAUGGUGAAGCUGGGGACAAAGGACCCGAUGGACCCUGUCUUGAACAAGGCUUUUCAGAGAGUCAAGGCCGGGUUUGGAUCCAAGAAGGAGAACAAAACAUAGCUCCACCUGGGAAUGUUUGCAUGUCAGCUCUGACUUGGGGUAACGUUCCUGAGUUCAGAUCCACGGUGGCCAGUGGCCCUGGGUUAGCAGGAAGGCCGGGAAACGUGGCAGUUCCUCUGAAUCAGAUACGAAACCAUCUGUCCUAUUUGCAAAUGACUUGAGGAGGGUAUUGAUGGAAGUGGGUGAGUUUGUGUUCAUUUCCUAAAUCCAUCACAGACCUAAUGGGCUCCCAUGCCAGCCUUUAAUUUUGAGCUAUUUGUUCAUUGUAUCCAGUAACGCUGCUUGGGGUGAUGGGAACCAAUUACCUUCUCUCCGGUCUGGACACCAUCUAACACUUUGGCAUAAUAGGGGUAAUAGCCGUGAUGAGAGUAGCUCUGUUGUUACGGUACAAAACCAGCGCAGGCAAACGUCACCAGGUCGUGGGCAGUGUGACCUGUGAAUUUCAGUUUGUAAAAUUCAUGGCACUAGAUGCUCCCUAAGCCAGCAAUGUUCCAGAAGUUUUCCUGAACCUUCCUGGAGGGGUCUGCUGCCUGAGUCUGAGGUGGGGCUGGGGGGAGAAGCCAGGCUGACCUGGGGGGCAUCUAAGAGCUUGGUUCUCCACAGGGGCGCCUGGUUACUCUUGGUGAAAGGUGAUAAGCUGGCACUGGAUUUGGAGGAGACGGUGUGAAAGGUGAUGAGCUCGUAAGGGAGAGGAUUCGAGCUGGGAGCUUCUUUUUUCCUUUUGUCCCAUCCCCAGAGGUCCAAGCACCCCCCUCCCGCUAGCUUUCUCCUUUCCUGCUAGAACUGGGGUAGCUCCAUGGCUCACGGGCCCAGCCGCUCCAACGGCAUGUGGGAUCUUCCCGGACCGGGGCACGAACCCGUGUCCCCUGCAUCGGCAGGCGGACUCUCAACCACCGUGCCACCACGGAAGCCCUAAGUCCUGAUUUUUAAGCGUUGGCUUGAAUUAUGUUAAGGUCAGCGUUCGGAACAAAAGAAGUAGGAGAUUUGAGGCACAUGGAUGGGACUGCCGACCAUCGUCAAACUAACUCAUUUCACUGGGGAAACGGGUAGAAGCAACCUAAGACUCACUGGAGCUCUCCCCGGCUCUGAAGCCACAGGGCGGGAAUGGCCAUGAGUGUUGCCGGGUGGGAAGUGUUGUCCACCCUUCCACCCGUGGCCACACAUGUUCCUCUGAAGCCCUAUAUCCUGACACAGCUUCCGGAGUCAGUCUGUGUGGCAACAGUCUCUCGACCGUUGAAGUUCUGUUUUUUAAGGUGCUGGAAAAUGGCCCUGUAUCCCAGCCGCCCUUCUUUCUGACUUACAUCCCAAGAACUGGAUUCCGCUUUUACAUUAAUUGGCCGCAUUUCCCGCUGUCGUGGCAAGUAAGAGCCGUGCUGGUGACGUGGCUUUACACUCAGUGGACGUGGCUGGACCCAGCUCAGCAAUCUGUUUGACAAAUAAUAAUCAGGAAAAAAACAUACAGCUCAGCAUCAACAAUAUCAAAACUGAGAUCUUGUUUGGGGCAGACGUUCUCCAAAGUCAAUAGGUAGAUAUUAAAUAACCUUAUCCAGCAGGGUCAGUUCAUUUAGCUAAUGAGGUGUGUUGGCAGGGGGACCUGGGCACCCUUUUAACUUAACAAGUGGUGUGACUCAGAGUCAUGUGUUUUCCGGGAGCUUUGCUCUGCUGUCUUUAUUGUUAGCAGAGCCAGCUGCCUGACAUUUGUCCCCAAAACUUUGGAGGGAAGCCCUCUGUCUUUGUCACCCCUAAUUCAGCUAAACACUUGGCCGGCAAUUGGGUGAGUUCCAAACUCUCCGUGGUGACAUUUUGCUCGGUCUGUGGCAGGGUCAUUAAAACAGUCCUGUAGGUCCUGGGGGCUCUUCCUUUUAGAUGAUCUUAACAUUCUAGCUGUUAUAUUCAAACAAGCCUGUAUCACCUAUUCAAUAAAAUAUGUCCAUAGCCUCA